UAUGAUGACUGUAGUCUAAUCGUGGAGUGGUGCGUUGAGGCCAAACAUUUUGAAUCUGCUUGGUGACAGAACUACAGCAAUCAUGCCCGUGCCAUGGUCAUAAUCGAAUGUUUGAAAGACGGUGAAGAGAACAAGUAUUAGUUGCCUCGGUGUCCUAAUCAUUGAGACAUUUGCUCCGGGAAUAUUCAGAGUUUCUAUAGAACACUCAGUGGUACAUGGUGUUCAUAUCGCUCAGGCCAGGUUCCAGUGUGGCAAUCCUUGCGCUCAGGCCAGGUUCCAGUGUGGCAAUCCUUGCGCUCAGGCCAGGUUCGACUGUGGCAAUCCUUGCGCUCAGGCCAGGUUCCAGUGUGGCAAUCCUUGCGCUCAGGCCAGGUUCCAGUGUGGCAAUCCUUGCGCUCAGGCCAGGUUCGAGUGUGGCAGUCCUUGGGCUGUUUGUUGUAGUUUUCAAGCUAACGCCAGCAACGGAAAACCCAUGAGUGGAUAGUUUGCAGUCGACUACUGACUACUGGUCUGUACUGCAGGUCGUCUUCGGGUGUGGUCACGUGUGGGUGUAGUGGAUUGGUGGACGGGUACCGGGUAGUGAUUGCUUCCCAAUCUACCAGGCAGCACCUGCUGCUGCUGCUGCUAGCGCUGCUGCUGUAAUUCCUGUUAUCUGCUACUCAGAGCUUGGAACGUAGCUGUGUCACUGUGUAUCGUGAGUAGUUACACUCCACACCUGACCAUUGCACAUUCUUGCCGACGCUUUGUUCCAGUCGUCAGCAGUUCACCGUGUAAUAUGGAAGGUGAACGCUUCGCUUUCCUCGUGGAGUGGUAUGAUUCGCUAGCGGUCAUAGUGCGACGCUACAACUUCCUCUUCUAUCCUAAAGAUAACAGCGUGGAAAUGGUCUGCUUGGGAGAGUAGCUCGUGAUAUUGUGCAGGCUGGUUUUGACAUCUCUGCUAUGCAAAUGUACCAUUUGGACAAGAGCACAGCAGAGGAGUUCUUGGAAGUCUACAGAGGUGUUGUUGCCGAAUAUCCGGAGAUGGUAUCUGAGUUGUGCUCAGGAGCAUGCGUUGCCAUGGCAUUAACUCAUCAACAUGGUGAUGCUUGUGUAGAGCAGUUCAGACAGUUUGUUGGACCAGCAGAUCCAGAGAUAGCUCGUCACUUGCGUCCCAGCACGUUGCGUGCAAAAUAUGGACACAACAAAUUGAAGAAUGCUGUUCACUGCACUGACCUAGCUGAUGACGGUAUGCAGGAGGUUCCAUAUUUUCCUCUACUAAAUUCAUUCCUCUAGGUUGAGUACUUCUUCAAGAUUCUCCGGUAACUACGGAAACAGACAAGACUUCAGUGAAGGUUACAGUGCAUCCUGAGUAAUCGGCGUCACAAUGCAUUUUCGUUGAUGUGUCUUCUGUAACCGCUGGAAUGAACAUUCAGCCACCGUUGCAGCAAUGUGUUGAGAGAUGCAAAGGCGAGGUUUGAUGAGCUGAUUUCGAUGUGAUAUUAAUCCUGAAACAUAAUGCAAUGCCAUAGUAAAUGACUGUCGUUGAAUUCAUUCCAUUUCGCUUUCAUUAUAAGAACGGAAUUUAUCUGUCUGUUUGAACCACACAUAUACUAUGCAUGCGUGGUGUCUGCGGGCUCUGUGAUGUCAUGAUGUUAUGGUGUCAUGAUGUCAUGUUUUGAUGUCAUGAUGUCAUGAUGUUAUGAUGUCAUGAUGUUAUGAUGUCAUGGUGUCAUGAUGUUAUGAUGUCAUGAUGUCAUGAUGUUACGGUGCCAUGAUGUCAUAAUGUUAUGAUGUUAUGAUACCAUGAUGUCAUAAUGUUAUGAUGUCAUGAUGUUACGGUGUCAUGAUGUCAUGAUAGAUCAUCUUUGUCUUAUGUCAGUACAAAAUGGCAAUCAUGUGCAGGCUCUGUGCAUUCGUUUUGAGUUAUCUGAUCCAGCUGCAGGGUGUGCAUUUGUGUUUGUUACAGUGUUACACACUGCAUGUAUGGCAUGUAUGCUGCAGUUGAUAGUUUUGUAUUGAUAGUACACAAUAUCAUGUAUAGCAUGUAUGCUGCAGUUGAUAGUUUUGUAUUGAUAGUACACAUUAUCAUGUAUGGCAUGUAUGCUGCAGUUGAUAGUUUUGUAUUGAUAGUACACAUUAUCAUGACAUCGUAUAGUUCUCAUCCUAUCUUCAAUGUAGCUAGUAGUAAUAGUAAUUGUAGUAGAAUUUGAGUAUUUCGCUCCUGCUCUUGUAGCAGUUCAGCACUCUCGUGUGGGGUAGUGCAUUUUCUGUUUGCGUUAUCCAGAGCUCACUGACUUGUCAGUUUGAGCAC